GCCACAGGACACCGGAACAUCGGCACGUCGCCGCCCUCCGUUCAACGCAGGACGCCACCAACGAGCACCGUCCCACCGUCACAUCACAUCCCGGCCCUCGCCCUCACCCCCACCCCGCACCGUACCGCCGCCGCCGCCGCCGCCGUAAUCACCGACUCUGUUCUGAUACGAUUCAGUCGAACACACCGCCACAACAACAUACUACUCCACCACCACCACCGCCAACCGCGUCCGGAGGCUCUCCGGCGACGUGUCAACAUUGAAUCAUCACACAAACACCGGAGAUGGACCUGAUGAAAAUCAGCGUCGUAUUGUACAUCUCACUCAUAUUAGUACUCAACAAGUAUUCGGAUUGUACGACUCAUCCCAGGGUGAAAAUGUACGGUCCCAAAGUAACGGUCAUCGAUCGUCGGAAACCGGAUCCGAAGAUUGGACAGGACGCGAUCAACGAGGUGAAAAUAAUUUCCCAGCCGGAAGAUUUCUUGGACGAACCCACCUGCCUCGAGUUGCGUCUAAUGUGGCGCGCUUAUCAGAGGCAAAAUCAACUGACACAGUCGGCCAGCAAUCUGCCGCUGACUUUCGAUCCGUUUGCAUUCAACACAUGGGAAGAUUACAUCAAGCCGAGGUACAUGAACAGACAAAAAUCAAUGAUGUUCGAACGAACCAUGCCAGACAGGUUUCAUAUUUUCAGGCAACUCAGACCGUUCGAAAAAAUCGCUAGGAUGACGACUACAACGAGGGCUAUCAUGGACGAUCAGUUGACGAGAAAAGCAAAUUUAUUUCGUCUCGGUUAUCACCCCCUAACUAAAAUACCCGUGAUCGCCAUGCGACUGACGGCCAAAGAUAGAUUCCAAGAGUUGAAAGAACUGAUGCGGCACGAGAAGACAAACAACUACCAGGACGGCGACGAUGAUCCGUUUUCCGUCGUGCCCAUCACGGCGGCGGCGGUCACUUCCAACGGCACUGCGGGUAAAAAACGACCCGGCUACGAGUCAUUGAUGUCGCGACCCAGACACUUUUCACAGGGGCACUAUAUGAACGUGAAACCAAACGGCGAACAGAUCGACGUCACUGCGACAGUCACGCCGCAGUAUAAAUCUUCGCCGCUUAUCAAACCAUGGAAUUCUAGAUGGUAAAUGUCAUAAUGACAAUAUUGCGUCGACAGUAAAGCCCAGCAUACCUAUAGGUGGUACACAAUAUUAUGUUCAUAUAAUCAUAUUCAAAGCAAAUCCUACGUCCAUUCACAGAAACUUACCAUUUGUCUUCCUUCCGGCGAUGAAUUAUCUGAUCUGUUGCGCUUAUAUUCUUGUGUAUGAAUAAAACAAGAUUAAGGUAAGUAUUUUAUAGACACUUAUUGUUCGUCUUGUAUCGACUAUAUAUUUUAAGCUAUAGUGACUAAUUUUUAUUAAUUUUUUUUUUUUUUUUGUAAAUUAUUAAUAAUUUUGAGUGCCUGUUAAAGUUCCGUUUCUUAAUACAACAUACAUACUCGUACGCAUAGUUAUGAACCUAUACGCGUAAUUAAAUAAUGGACAAAGAAUAAUUAAUUAGUGUAUUAAAAACGUAGCUUACACUGCGUAAUAGAACAGCAUCAUAAUAUAUAUGAACGUUAUAGAGUUAAGAUAAUGCUAUAUAUACUUACACACAAUUUACACACAACGUACUAUGACCAAUAUUUAGUUUUAAGAUAUAAAAGCGUAAAACUUACUUAGUUUUUAUUUUAUCUGACGUUGAUGAUUGUUGUUAAAACUUAUUACCUGUAAACAGCUCUAAAGUCUUUCGUGAACUAUUCGGUUAGACGUCCAAUUUUUAAUUAAAUUUCAAAACAGAGAUGUGUUUGGUGUUCCGUUUUAAACGGCCACAUUAGACAUUUACGAAUAGAAUGUAAGAGCGAAAAAGUGAUUGUAGGUUCUUUGAGAUGAUUUCGCAUUGUUUCCUUUGUCGAUUCUAAUUGUCAAAAAAUAAAUAAUUAAAAUUAAUUGUUCGACACUUGUACAAUAGUUUAUUUUAUUAUAAAUAGAUUUUAAAAUGUUUACAAGUAUAUAUUUUGUAAAAUGAAGUCUGAAUAAAUACCAAGCAACAUUAUACUACUAUAUAUUUAAUAUUUACUCAAUAAAAAAUACAAAGAUUCAUAAAUUCUACAAUAAAAUAACAUUAAAAUCCAUAUUUUAAGAUUGUUCAGGCCAAAUGAAUCGUCCACCUUUUUCCAUAAAAUUUCAAAAGUUCAAAAGUGUAAGAAAUGCUUUCAUUAAAAUAAUAUUAAACCCAAUAAAUAAUACACCCCGUGCUCUUAAUUUGUGUUUUUAAUACUCCCCUAGACUAACGGGUACCUAAAUUGUUUUUAAAAAAAGUAAUAGCAAAUUAUUAUUAAUUACAGUAAUUACAAAUUCAAGUUGCAAACGAGUAUAAUAAUAUGAUAAUAUGAUUAAAUUUCACCAAGAACUUGGAAUAUCAUAAUAUUUGUAUCGGAUAACUCAGUUGUUUAUUUUAUUAUUUAUUUUUUUAGUUGCAUUUCAGUCCCCUAUCUAAUCCGGUUAGUCCGGUGUUGUCCAACAGUUAAAAUACGAAAAAUAUUCAAUGGGCACCCCCAAAUAAUAUCACGAAAAAAAAAUGGAUGAUAUCAAAUCGUAACCACUCAUCACAAAUCUCGUGAGCUCGAGUAAAAAAUCUCUGGUACACUUUACACGACAUAUUGGCGCAAAACGCUAGUGCAUAAUAACACUAUACGUAUAACUGCGUCGAACUUUUAUUUCCGAAGUGCACCUCCCCUACAACAAUACCAUGGGCCCACUCACGAGUCGCAAUAAAACGACCAACGGACGGAGAAGUAGUAAUUUUGAAAAACAUAACAUCAAAGUAUCGUAAAAAUAGCACUGAAGCUCUCGCGUUUUCUCGCAAGACUUUUAGCAAUACCGUCUGCGAUAACUGCGAACGAUCGCAUGACACCAACGCUUGUAAAAUUUCAACUUCACUGCCCUUUAUUAUAAUCUGCAGGGUUCGGUAGGUAGCAAUAGCGCCGAAUGCCGAUAAAAGUCCAAAAAUAAAAGUUAAAAUGCCUACCUACCUACCGGUUUAAACAUAUAGUCCUCGACAGUUCAAUUAUCGUACCAAGUACAGGCAAAACGUUGAAAUGAGGUCGAUUGUUACAUUUUUAAUUAAUUGUCAACAAACAAUACGUAUACAAAUAAAACAUAAUCAUACUUAAAAGUCGUGACUGCAGCCUAUCGAGCAAAACGAUUGCCUCGUGAUAUGGACAAUAAACUGGUCAAGUUAUCUGAUGUUUUUAAUUGGUUUUUAUUAUUAUCAAACGUUUACGUUUUAUCCUGUCAAACUACACAAGUGCCUAAACAUGACAAAAAGUGUUGAACUUGUAAUGAAACGUGAGAUUACCUCCAAAAUAUACAGAAUAAAAUACCUCCUCUAUACCUGAAAACCGAGCUUUGCACUCGAUUUAUUUAGUUCAAAUUUCGGGUAUUGAAUAUGUUCAGGUGUUGAUAAUCAAACAAUGGAGGGAGUAUACAAUUCAAACAAGCUAUUAGGUUAAUACAUGUGUCCUGUAAAAAAUGUACUAUAAAAUUAUUUGCUUAUUCAACCAUAGGAAAUUUCUAAAUUCUUAGAAUAUUUUUGCAACUCAUAUAACAUUAUCGUCAUAUAACUAGAACUGCGACAGUGUUUACUGAUAAAUGUCCAUUCUCAAAUAUUUGUCGCCGGAUAAUGAACCGUUUAUUUGACCAUUAUUCAACGCCUGUUAAUAAUGAGAUAUCACUGUUAAAAAACAGAAUAUAGAAUCAACCGGGAAAAGUGUGUCAUUUUUCCAAUUGAGAACUAAUCGGGUUUCGGUUGAUUCGAGCGUUUUGGAAAAAGCUUCGUAUGGGUGUUGGGAGUUUUUUAACAGGUGUCGAGGGGCAGGUAAAUUCAGGUGAAAAUCACUGCUUGAAAGUAGGCAUACUUGAAAGGCGCAGGUGUCAACUUAUUAUACUCAGUUUUUGUCUACGUCCUAAAGCCAACGCAUCAAAUAUGGAUAUUAUGGAAUUUCCACGAACCCUAUUAAUUAUAUCGUACACUUUACUCGGCACUUGGAAUCAAAAGUCAACGCGUUUUGUUGAACAUGCUUUUUCAGACUUCAUUUUACGCAAUCACGAUAAUGACGACAGUAUAAUAUAUCAUCGUUUCACCAACGUCAGAAUUUUUUUCAAAUAAAUAUUUCACAUUGUUGGGUUUCUGUCACUAUUAUAAACGCAACAUUUGACACUCGUCUCAAAAAAAAAUGUAUAGGUACAGUUCCGAGAACACGACACUCUGCUUGUUCUCUUAUUACAAUAUGAAUAAAGAUAAAAGUCGAGGGUAACGGAACCAACGACAAGGCAUUUCGAUAAAUCUUCUGUAAAAAAAAAAACUAUGUCUGUGUUAUUAAACAAUGUCUUACUAACGUUAUAAUGUUAUAAUAGUCAUUACCAUUAUUACCAUUAUUCUAAAUAUUUAAUCAACUUUAUGGAAUUUAAUAUAAAUCAAAAUA